CUAAAACAGGCUCAAGUUAGAGAUGAGUCACUUCCUAAAGAGACUGAAGUAGCUGAGAAGUGGCAACAGAAAGGCAGAAGAGAACCCAGGCCACUGAAACAGUCAGGUGAGAGCAGGACUUGCUGAGGGUUGCCAAGGAGCAUGGCACGCAGCCUAGAGGUGGUGGCCUUGGACUGUGAGAUGGUGGGGCUAGGGUCCCAAAGGAUGAGUGGCCUUGCCCGCUGCAGCAUCGUGAACUAUUAUGGCACAGUCCUGUAUGACAAGUACAUCCGGCCUGAGGGAGAGAUCACAGACUACAGAACCCGAGUCAGUGGGAUCGUGCCUCAGCACAUGGCAAGAGCCACACCAUUUGCCGAAGCCAGGCUAGAGAUCCUGCAGCUUCUGAAAGGCAAGCUGGUGGUGGGCCACGACCUGAAGCAUGACUUUGAUGCAUUGAAGGAGGACAUGAGCAAAUACGCCAUCUAUGACACAUCCACAGACAGGCUGCUAUGGCGUGAGGCCAAGCUGGACCACUAUGAGCGUGUGUCCCUGCGGGUGCUGAGUGAGCGCCUGCUACACAAGAGAAUCCAGGACAGCUGGCUGGGUCACAACUCUGUGGAAGAUGCCAGGGCCACAAUGGAGCUCUACAGGAUCUCUCAGGGGCUCAGAGCCAGAGGGCAGCGAGAGCUGUCCCGCUUCGGGGCGUGGAACUGAACUUCAUCCUUGUCCAAGGACCAAAGGCUUCCACUCCAGAAGGAUUGCAGUUUUCCAUAGAUGAGACCUGUUUCUAACAACAUCAACCACAAAACCCAAAACCAAGAACGUUCUCUUGCUU